ACAGUGGUGGACACACUGACCGGCUGCUCCGAGUCACCAUGGACCCUGAAGGCCUGAAGCUCCUGCUGCCCUCUACGACCCUAGCAGCCCUGGCGAACAGCUGGCUGCAAGAAGACUGCCCAAGCCUCAAUUUUGCAGCCUUGGUCACUGGAUCAGGUCCCGCACAGGCAGCGCUGUGGGCCAAAUCUCCAGGGGUUCUGGCCGGGCGACCUUUCUUUGAUGCCAUCUUUACCCAGCUCAACUGCCAAGUGUCCUGGUUCCUCCCAGAGGGAUCGAAGCUGGUACCUGUGGUCAAGGUGGCCGAAGUCCGGGGGCCUGCCCACCACCUGCUGCUGGGGGAACGGGUGGCCCUGAACACCCUGGCCCGCUGCAGUGGGAUUGCCAGCGUGGCGGCGACAGCUGUGGAGGUGGCCAGGGGCACGGGCUGGAAUGGGCAUGUGGCGGGCACGAGGAAGACCACUCCGGGGUUCCGAUUGGUGGAGAAGUACGGGCUCCUAAUCGGCGGGGCUGCAAGCCACCGCUACGACCUGGGAGGACUGAUAAUGGUGAAAGACAAUCACGUAAUAGCAGCCGGCGGCGUGGAAAAGGCGGUGCAGAGGGCCCGGCAGGCAGCCGACUUCGCCCUGAAGGUAGAGGUGGAAUGCAGCAGCCUGAAGGAGGCCUUGCAGGCAGCAGAGGCUGGGGCUGAUCUGGUCCUGCUGGACAACUUCAAGCCUGAGGAGCUGCACCCCACAGCGGCUGCCCUGAAAGCCAAGUUCCCCAGCGUGGCUGUGGAAGCCAGUGGGGGCGUCACACUGGGCAACCUCCCCCAGUUCUGCGGGACCCACAUUGACAUCAUCUCGCUGGGGAUGCUGACGCAGGCCGCUCCAGCCCUGGAUUUCUCCCUCAAGCUGUUUGCUGAAGGUGCUACUCCAGUGCCUCAUGCCCGUAGGACCUAAAGCCGGAAAAGACGCCACCAGCAGGCGACACUCUGGCUUGUUGGCCCUCUCAGGUCACACCUCUUUAGGUUCAGAGGCGACCAGACUCACCUGACACCUGAGCUUUCCACUAGCUCCACCAGCCCCGGCUUGUGUGACCUGCCGGGGCCGACUUUGAUUUUGCUCGCCUCAGUUUUCUCAUCUGUAAGAUAGGUCUAAUAAACGUUCGACCUUACUGAGCUGUGGACGACAGUUACUGCACACCGAGGGGCCAGUAAAUGCUAGAAAGCAGUACUGCUCCCCUACUCUAAGACAUAAACUUGUUUUCAAACAUGGCCUUCUAGGAAGGU